CCCGUUUCCCGCAUCAAAGUACAAAGUCUAGGUACCAGUACUAGGUAUGGGUUGUCUGUAUACCUGGUACCUUUUUAGUUACAUACCCGCCGGCAUCUUCGACUUCUUACUUCAUCUACCUUUUGUUUUUUUCGUCUCAUAGCGAAUUCUCGCAUUUAGCCCCAAUACACACCGGACUUGACUUGACUGACUUUCAGGCAUUUUAUUUAACCUUGAGUAUCUAAGAGGUACUUACUUGCGCAUAGUCAACAGCAAAGCAAGGGUAGAAAGGAAAGAAGAAGAAGAAGAAAAGAAAAAUAUAAUUAAUUACUCGCACAAUGGCAUUCCGGCUCGCGCUACGCCACGCCCCGCGCGCUUUUGCCGCUCCGGCGUCGUCGUUAUCGCCAUCGUUAUCGUCUACGCGGGCAUUCCACGCGACGGCGCGAGCGUGCAUCAAAGUCGGGGAGCCGAUCCCGGACAUCGAAGUGCUGCACGAGGGGUCGCCGGGCAACAAGGUGAACCUGGCUCGGGAGUUCGAGAAGGCGGACGGGGUGAUCGUGGGCGUGCCCGCGGCCUUCUCCGGCGCGUGCUCCGAGAAGCACGUCCCGAGCUACAUCCAGAGCCCGAAGCUGAGGGACGCCGGGAGCGUGUUUGUCGUUAGUGUUAAUGAUGCUUUCGUCAUGAAAGCAUGGGGUGACCAACUCGAUCCCACGCACGAGUCCGGCAUCCGAUUCCUAGCCGAUCCCGCCGGCGAAUUCACCAAGGCCCUGGACCUGGGCUUCGACGCCCCGGCCAUCUUCGGCGGCAUGCGGGCUAAGCGCUUCGCGCUGGUCAUCGAGGACGGCAAGGUCAAGUCCCUGCACGUCGAGCCGGAUAACACCGGGACUAAUGUUUCCCUCGCCGACAAGGUCCUCGGUUAGAUGAUGUGGAUGAUGUGGGUUAGGAGAUGUGAACUUGUUAAGAACGAUCUCGUCCCGAGGCGCGUAGGAGAGACUACGGCCGUUUGUAUAUUAGGUACCUACCUAAGUUGAGGUAGAUACGAUGAGUUGACGAUUUGAAAUAUUAAGCCUUCUGACCACGACUUCUUCAACUGGUUAAUCUUUCUUAACUUUUCUACAUUAGGUACCUACAUAGAACCCAUAUGGAAUCACAAGUGAACAACCAA